AUUCCAACCAAUCCAAAGCCGGCUUUCAAUAACAACAUUUGAUCAUAAGAAGUAGUAGUUAAGAAGACAUUUGUUAAACAACUCGACAAUGGAUUGUUACUUUUGAAAGGAUGGGAACAGACAAACAUAGCUAAGGGAUAUGGCAUUACAACUUGUAUAAGAUGGGCAGCAGUUUCACAAAAAUAGAAAACCGUUAUCACAAAACGGUGAGAAUCAUUAUCACCCAUCCUUGCGGAAGAAACACAUUGUUUCAUUUGGCUACGAACUGCAGUAGGAUUAUCGUAUCAGAGAGAGGAAAUAUAUCAUUGAGUGUUUCUGAUACCGACGACGACGACAAAGACCCUCACUCAGCUUUAACAGUUGGGGCAGGUACCUAUGUGUGGAUAGGGAGCGACUGUUUUGACAAACCAGACAUAUUUCGCUGUGUUAAACCAUCAAUAAUUAAGCAAAUUAUAAUGUCAAAUGAUUGCAACUGCCCAACCUGUAAAGCAGACAGAAUACAAUAGAAGAAAACAGACGCAACCACUGUGUGGAUACAGAGCGACUGUUUAAAAAAAAACAGACAUAUUUCACUUUGUAAGACCACCAACACUUUAGGGCCGUAUAAAGUAAAAUAACUACAAUUACACAACUUGUAAAACAGAUAAAAGUAAACAAACGCAAAAUGAGGCUUGAGAAAGAAAUAAAGGAAGUCUUAGGUAAUACUAUAGGAAGUGAAGUUUCCGGUAUGCAAACAGAAGUAGAAAAAGGUACAAAAGAAAUGGCUGCUAUUUUUAUGAAGUUUGUGAAAGACAUUGAAAAUACAUGUGAACGGAGGAAUAUCCUAGACAGCCAACCUGAGAUCGGGCCGGAAGCAGAUACUAUUUAUCAGUUGGUAGAAAAACAACAUCUUACAUGUCAAACUUUAAUGACAAAAUGCACACUGAAAGUCACUGAUGGCCAAGUUUGUGAUUGCAAUGCUCUUGACAUUAAACAACAAGAACUAGUCUUGUUUGAGCUUGAACGAUAUCUGAAAGAUGGAGUCAAAUUAUUGACAACAGUUUUCAAGGCUUUAAAAUGGUCUCACAAAUGUAUCUUUCUCAUUUGUGCAUCGGUUUUCAUUUACCACUUUAUAUACAAUUCUCACAAACGACGGAAAGAAGCGACAAAAAAAGGUCUAAAUGUCGUAGCUGGACUUAUUGCUGCGUUUGCAGGGUCCAAAUUAGGAGCACUGAUUGGUGCUGUCGGAGGACCAAUUGGUGUUGUUGUUGGCUUUAUUCUUGGUGGAAUGAUUGGAAGAGUAAUAGGGAGAUACUGUGGAAAGGGAAUUUUCAAAAUAGUGUCUAUGAUUUUCUUUCCAAAAUCUAUUGGUGGUCAAGGUCAGCCUCCUAUUAAAGGGACAAAAUAUAGUUAUGGUCAGCCGCGUAUUCCAGGCGCAGGAGCAAUUAAAGACAAAACAAAACUACACGGCAUACUACCGAAAGGUCAGCCUAAAAUAACUGGUGCAGAAGCAGCUAAAGGUUUGCCAAAACUCUGGUAGAUAUAAAAAUUCUUAAUGAAAGGACCAGUAGAGAAAAUAAAUUGCCGAUUGUUAAUGAUUUGUGAAAAAUGUUUAUGUUCAAUAUAAUUAGUUAUAAGGACUUUUUAUAAAUAUAACUAAUUUAGAACUUUUAAUUGCACAUAUGCUAGAAACGGUACCUGUAAAUAUAAAUAUAUUGUAGUUUGUUACUUUUUUUAUUUUUUUAGUAUAUACAGUACACAUUAUAAUUAUAUAAACGAUCUUUUCCAUGGACCAUUAUAUCUAAAUUCACCAUUGAUACGUAGCAACAUUGUUUUUAGCUCCACAGUUAACUAAGAUCGCGGGAUCAAAACAUUGAUAAACCUUUACUCUAGUAACUUUCUCAAAUAAAAUCUUUUCUUUUCGCGAACCGCCUAAUUCCAAACGUUUUCAUAAUGCCUAAACGUAGUUUCAAAAGAUUAUCCUCCCCGUGAAUAGGGAGACACUAUAGCAAAAAAAAGAAAAAAAAAAACAAACAAAAAAAAACAAAAAAACAUGUUAGUGAUUAAUGAACUUUUCUCAUAACGCUUUCAAUGGAAUUUUUUGCUCUUACACUGAAACAAAUACAUUUUCUUUUCCUUUAUGUAUUUUUAAUAGAGGCUACUUGUACAUAAAUUGCAUUCAUUUUACCCACGCAAUCACAUCAUCACGCCAUCAUGUUGUGACGUUAAAAAUUCUUUUAGAAAGAUAUUUCGAUCUUACACUGAAAUAAAAGUAUCCUUUAAAUCAGUGUUAAUUGCUGCUCAUUAACGGCGUAUAUUUCAAAAUCACCUUGACUAAAUAAUUACAACAACCUUUUACGAAACAAUUUAGCAAUCAAGACUAUGUUCAUUUUGGACAAUUAUUUACUGCUGCACACAGGCUUAACGCAAAACGGUGGUAACUUCUAGAAAGUAAAGAAUGAGUUACAACUGUUUUUCGUUAAGCCCGCGUGCAGCAGUGUUAAUCCGAUUAAAGCCCUAGGUCACCUGUAAACAAGGCAGGAAAACGGCCGACACGUGUAAUGGUGUGAUACUUUUGCACUAAUUGAUUUGAUGAAGAGGGCAAAGGGCGCUAUUAAAAAAGGCAAGUCGCUGAGGAAAAGGGUCAGGGCGCCGCGCCAAGCUAUUUAAGGCUAGUUGGAACACUAUCUGAUUAUUUAUAUCGUCACAUUUUUAGCUUGUCUAUUUUUAAAAAAAAAAAACUACGAUGUAAAGUCGUCACGUGAUCGUCGGCGUCGGUUAUCGGCGUUGGUUAAAAUUGUGUUAAGGUCCACAUUUUCUGAAACCAAAUACAUCUACAGCUUUGAAACUUUUCACACUUGUUUAUCAUUAUUAUGUGACUAAAUAGGCCUAGAAAAUUACUCUGGUGUAAGCAUUUUGUCAAAAUUAUGGCCUUUCAUGUACUUCGAAAACUUGAUUUUCUUAGUUAAAAUGUUAGUUUAAGUCAACUUUUUCAAAUGCAAAGAAACAACAUUACUUUGAAAUAUAUUUGCUUUAGUGCUUCGCUGAGAAAGUUGAAAUUAUGGUAGGCGUUAUGGUACUUUCUCAAUAAUUUGUUAUCACUUGAUAAACAUUUAUGUUUAACAAAUGCUACAUACAUGUAUGACCAUUGAAUUUACUUAUAAGUUUUUCUAUAUUUGUUCCCAUGAAUUAUCUUGUCUUCCUAGGUAUUCUAUGUUAAGCGCAGGCGAUUUUGCGUUCUAUUCAGGUUAAACAUCAUGUCGAAAAAUUUUGUUAUCUUUCAUAUUGUACAUUUGAUUUAAAUCAGUGUUAAUUAGAAGACAUGUUAUACAGGCUAAUGUAAAUACCAUGAGAGUGUGCCUUUUCAAGACGUAUGUGUAUGUUUUAUAUUUGUGUUUGAGUCAUUUAUUAUUCAUGGAAACGAUGUACUAAAACAAUAUACUGUAUUUUUGCCAUGUUUCAGUGCUUAAUAUCAGUUUUCUAACGCGACUACCAAGAAAAAUGAAACACUUUGAACAACAUUUUUGUUCUGUGGAUAAACUGAUAGCUCCCUUUCUUACUAAAGUCUGAAAUCAAAUCUAUUUGUUGCGUGACUUUUUAAAUAUAAUUUAAAGAGCAUAUAUGUGUCAUAAGCAUUUAUUGUUAUAAUGUCAACGUUUUCUUUUAUAUUCAAGUUAUACAUACUGAGUCUUUGAUAUUGCCUGGAUAUUGAAAUCACAGAGUCCAUCCAAUGAACCUGUUUAAUAGAUGUCUGUUAAGGUCGAUGGGUUUCGGUGAAGGGUAUGGCACAUUUCAUCACCACUCAAAAAUAAAAGUGAGACAACUAGGUCUGCUGUUAUUUUUUUACUUAUU